UUGUUGUUGGAAGAAGAAGUCGAUUCAGGAAGCCAUUACGCUGCGCAGCUCCGCCGCGGAAAACACGUACUGUUUUUGCGUACGGUACGCACUUUUUUUACUUUCCUUAAGUCCUAAUUAAAGAUUAUUAAUGGCCUCUCAGGCGAAGAAGCGGAAGAUGAACUUCUCGGAGCGCGAGGUGGAGAUUAUAGUGGAGGAGAUGGAGAAGCAGAAGCACGUGCUGGUUAAUCACUUUAACGCCGGCGUUUCUCACAUCGCGAAAAACGGAGCCUGGCUCGAGAUCCUGAAGCGCGUGAACGCCGUGACCAACUGCCAGCGCGAGCUCGCGGAGGUGAAGAAGAAGUGGUCGGAUCUGAAGACGGAGGUCCGGCGGAAAGUGGCGCAGGCGCGCGCGGCCAUGGAGGGCACGGAGGACUGCGGCACGGUGCCCGUGAUCCUCACCGCCAUGCAGCAGCGGAUCUGUAACCUGCUCGGGGAGGCGACGAUCAUCAGCCUGCCCGCCGGAGAACCGGGAGACCCGCCGGCCGAGAUGACCGUGCCCGUUCCCAUCAGUUCCGCCGCCGCCGUCACUCUGACGCAAAGUAUCCAACCAGCAGCCGGAACAGCUUGUGAAAUUAAAACAUUAGACGCAGCUGAGACGACGUAUCACACGCUGGAGGAGGGAAUGGUGGAGUACUGCACCACGGAAACCCCCGUCACGGUCACCACAGAAGCCCCGGUGGAGAUGCUGGCGGCUCAGGCAGAUAACUCCGUAAAACCACAGGAGCUGAAGAGCCGCAUCGCCCUGAACUCGGCCAAACUGCUGCAGGAGCAGCGCAUCACCAACCUGCACGUCCGAGAGAUCGCCCAGCACCUGGAGAACCAGAACGACCUGCUGCAGAUGAUCCGCCGCUCGCAGGAGGCGCAGGCCUGCGCCCAGGAGAGACAGGCCCAGGCGCUGGAGGGCACGCAGGCGGCGCUGCUGGCGCUGAUUCAGAUGUUCAGACCGGCACUGAAGGACCUGAGGAAGUUCCUGCAGAGCGCCAACAGUGCGGGAGCCGGAGUCGAGGCCGGAGAGGGAGGGGGGAACGUGACGCAGCAGCCGGAUGACGGACAGUAGACUGGACUGAGUUCUCUGAUGUAAAUGAAUGAAUGAAUUAAUGGAGUGUGUUUGUGUUUGUUGGAGAAUGCUUGAACCUGUAAGUUAUUUUGUUCCUGAGAGAAUGUGAGAGAGUGUGUGUGUAAAUGUGUGUGAGAGUGUGUGAGAGUGUGUGUGAAAGUGUGUGUUAAGUUAUGCAGGUAAAUAGUGCCUCAUCAGUCGAGUGCUCGUCUGUGUGUGGAGACUGAAGACUGUACGUGACUGCUGAAACCUGUAGCCAGGAGUCGGGCUUUUAUUAUAAUUUUACAUGCGUGGCCAGAAUUAAUUUCACACAAAUCUGUCUGUACAGAAGAGCAAUUGCAUUUUAUUAUUAUUGUUAUUGUUAUUUUUAUAUUGGAAAUAUGAUAGUUUAGUUUAUUUCACUAUGUGGUGCUUUAAAAAUCUCAAUGUCUUUUGUUGAACAGAACAUGUUAUAUUAUAUUUCAGAAUGGCUUAUGAUAUUACUCACUGAGAAUAGUGAUGCAAUAUAACCACAAAAAAUAAACUGGUGACUUGAAUUGACUAUUA